GGGAGGAAUAGUGAUGACGUAUUCGUUGCUAGGGUAGCCAUCUUUGUUUCCAUACACACGUUGCUAGGGAGAUUUCACUAUGGUGUUUGCACUUGGUUCGUGUAGUACGUUGGCAUAUUAUGAGUUUUAUUUUGUAAAUUUUGAUUUUUAGACAUAGAGAACAUUGUUUUUAGUAGCUAGUCAUUCAUAUAAUUAAGUUCAGGUCUUAUGUUAAAUUAGUUAACAAGUAUUAGCAGUAUUUUCAUAGAUUUUUGUUUAGAGGGUGUAGCCGGUCAAAGGCUGUAGUAUUUAGAUUUAGGCAGGUUUAAUAUUUAGUUAUCUAACGUUAAUAGUCGUUUUAGAAGAAAUUAGGUUAUGCAUAGUUAGACAGGUAAAUUAUUAGGGCUAUAAGAUCAGAGUAGGGUUAUUAUUAUUAGUUAUAGGUUAUAGAAUAGGUUAAGCGUUGAAUUAGGUAGGCAAUGUCUGUCACAAUAGGCGAAAUAGUUAGCUUCUUUAGGGAUGAACCUAAUGCAGUUAAGAAAGGUGAAAACGCUGUGAAAUCAAAUCAUAUAUCAAAAAUUAUUUACGAUUGCGAUUUGAAAAAUUUGCAAGGUGUUGUGCAAGCCAGUAUGAAAAACAGAUCCUACAACGUGAAGAUUGAUUUGAAUGAAGAUGGAAGUGUUCAACAUUCAAAUUGCACUUGUCCAAGGGGAAAUUUCAAGUGCCAUCACAUGGCUGCAGUGAUGAUUUAUGCGCACAAGAAUAUUUCAUCAACAAGUGCUGAUUGUCGAUGGAGCAGAGUGAAGACAGUGGAGGGUGACAAGCCACAAAAGGCAGAGGACCUCUUUCCUCCAGGAAAAGAAUAUCGAGCUACAAAAGCGCCACUCAAGGAAGAGGACAUUAAAAAGUUUCAGGACAGUCUACGUCAGAGCAACUUCAAUGUUGGCUUCACAUGGCUCAUGUCGGAGGAACCAGCUCCAUCAUUGCUCGCUGAGGUUCCAGAAAUGGAGAAGAUUUUAUUCUCCAGAGAAUAUCUGGCAUCAGAUGAUAGAACUUCUUUCAUAAAAUCGGUGUCACAAAUAUCCAGGAAGGACAUUGAAAAUGUUGCUCGCAUAACUGUCGGUCAGUGCGAAAAUCCUCUCUGGUUUGCUGCAAAAAAAUACCGUCUGACCGCCAGUAAUUUUGGUAAGGUAUUAUCUGCAUACAAACGGAAUAGGUAUCCUCCCUCAUUGUUCAAACAAUUGAAAGGAGAUUACAAUUUUAAAGCAGUGAGAAGUUUACAGUGGGGCAGGGACAACGAGCAAACUGCUCUGCGAUGUUUGGAGGAGGUUAAUUCGGUGAAGAUUGAAAAAACAGGGGUUUGGCUCCAUGAGUCAGGUUUUCUGGGAGCCAGUCCUGACGGCAUCAUAAAAAAUGAAAAUGCCAUUGUGGAGGUGAAAUGUCCAUAUAUUUUCAGAAAGUCAGAGAACAUCAUUGAAUCCAUUAGAAGUUGUAAGACUUACAUAUUGAUGGUGAAUGACGAAAAUUUGAUGUUAGUGAACAAGGAGCACGAUUACUACCAUCAAAUUCAAGGGCAACUCCAUGGGGCCCAAGGGGCUCGAGCCCCCCCAAAAAUUUAG